AUGGGAAACGUUCCGACCAAGGAGAGUAGAUCCAGAGCCUCCUCGGUAGGAGCCCACCACAGCAACAACCCCACGAGAUCCUCAAGGAGGCACACGACACUGUCGAUUCUUGAAAACGCCGGCUUCAUGGUCUAUCUGAGCGGAUCCAACUCCAGCGGGUCUCAUAAGCCGCUGAGUGAGGAGAGACUCAAAACCAAGCAGGCCCAUUUGCUGGCUCUUAUCGUCAGAUACGACGAGAACGUGGACGGCGGGUUCUUGGCUCCUCACGGAAUCUACAAGCUGAACUUGGACUACAACACCGAGAUUGUCCGGGGGCUUAUAGUGGACAGACGAAUAGCGCCUUUCUUUACACCACUCCAGGACUUUGAUUCCUCCUGGACCGACGACGAGGUGGCCACCAUCGCCAGCCAACUACCUCUCCAUGCCAUUGACCAGGCGUACCUGGAAGAAGAGGAGCCGGACGACGCCGAUAAUCACAAGAUCCACCUUCUGGCCAACUACUUCCGCAGACAAGAGCAGAAAAAAAGGGUCCGGGAGCUCGUGGCCAGCAUGAAAGAGGUACAGAAACAGCACGAAGAGGAGUUCAUGACGGCCCGCAAGGCAUCCAAGGCAGACGAAAACGUGCCCGACCGGGAGCUUCUCCUCAAGCUCUACCGCGAGGCAUCCGAGUGUCCGAUCUGCUUUCUCUACUUCCCGCCCUAUCUCAACGUCAGCCGCUGCUGUGGCCAGCCCAUUUGCAGCGAAUGCUUUGUUCAGAUCAAGCGGCUCGACCCACACCCUCCGCACGACGACAUGAGUAACGAAAACAAGGCCGAGCUCCCCCACACACUCAUCCUGGAGCCAGCCAAUUGUCCAUUCUGUGCCAUGCCCAAUUUUGGCGUCACUUACGACUCUCCCACAGAUCUCAGCGUGGGAAUUGGAGGCGUCCAGUCCCCAGCUAACUACAAAGCGCCAGCAGCAGCCGAGGAUGCGGUGCUGUCCUCGGAAGAAGCGUCAGGUACGCCGGUUCUGCGGUCAUUGAGCCCCCAAAAAGCAAAACCGAAACAGAGAAGAUCGUCUGUGCCCGCAGACGCCGUCGGUGUGGUCACCACCGACUUUAUUCGGCCCGAUUGGGAGCAGAAAUUGGCCAGCGCUAAGUCCAAAUUGGCUCGCCGUGCAGCCACCGCUAGUGCCAUCCACGCCUCGAAUCUUAUUGUUGACGAUGGAAGCGGCACAAGUGCUGGGAACGGCUCUCGAGGUCUGAAUAGCGACAAUCAAAACUUGCGCUACUUGCAGCUGAUCGAGGACCGAAUGAUCGAAGAAGCGAUGCGGCUCUCAUUGGCGGACGAGGAGGAAAGAAGAAAAAAGCUGCACCUGUAG